GCUCAAUAAUUAUCAUAUAAUAAAAAGAUGUAUUGCUGAGAUCAUAAGGGAUGAGGAAAAUCUUUUACAAACAAGCAUAGCUUGAAGAGACACAAGACGACACAUGACCCAAAUAAGAAGUACAAGUGUGAAGUCUGAUCCAAGAGUUUUUCCCUCCCCCAAUACCUCAAGGAACAUAAGGUUGUGCAUACAAAUGCGAGACCUUUUGUUUGCAAGUUCCCCGGAUGCAACAAGUCAUUUAGACAAGCCGGCAAACUUUCGAUUCACAAGAAAGAGCACAUUAAUGAUCCGAACUCGAAGGCUAAGGUUAAAUCAAAGAGGAAGGCUGUAGGAGUAUCUUCACCUGAAGAUCACUAUCCUAGCCUGUUUUUACCUCAGACCAUGCCUGAGACAUGAGGAUUCAUCAGUCCUUUGCAAAAUUAUUGCUUUUGAGAGUAUAUCCCUCUCAAUAGUAUUCAAGUCCCUUACCAACCAUUAACUUGCUCAAUUGAGCUCCCAUAUCCCUUUAACGACUCCUCCUGGAGUUGCUCUACUAAUUCUUAUCCUAUAAGAAAUCAAAAUUAA